GUCCAGCAACUGCUCUCUUCCCACCAAAGCAAGACACCACCGAUCCUUCGAGACGUUGCAAAAGCUUGUAGGAGCGCACACACAAUAUGGGUGUUCCAUUUGAGGCGCUGAUUCCCUACGGAAUCAUGAUUACGAUGUUCGGCAUAACAGGCGGAGGCCUCGCAGUCGUCAAGUCGGUCGCGAAUGGCGGUAAGAGACACAGACACGCUAUAGACACGUGGGAUAGGCAGAUGAUGGAGCGGGAUGCACGAUUAACGGGCUUCACGAGAGGGCAGACGGACAACCCGGUGGCUCCAAAAGGCUUUGAGCUGAGCAACCCAUGGAAGGUCGAGACGCGGUUCAUCUAAGCAUAGAUUUCUGACAACGGACCAAGCACGCAUAUCUGUACAUAAGUAUAAGUGUCCAAGUGUCGCUAGGUUGGACUCACCCGUACAUACAAUAUCAUCGGGGUUGAAUUUCUUCCAAGCUCGCGGCAGGGUGUCCCUAGGCUGCAUGAACAGUUGCGGUAGUUGUGACAUCGUAUUCAGUCGUCUAUUACUAGCUUUGUUGAAACCCGCGAAUCUGUGCACGAAUGCCAGAAACUACUUGAUUUCAUCCACUGUUCCUCGAAUUGCCUCCCUCUCAACUUCACUUAAGCUAAUUCCAAAGUGCUGCUUCAAAGCAUCUACUCUAUCC